UCCCUCUUUGUCUCUCUAAGAUGGGGCUGCUCCUGGAUCUGUCUCCGGAUGGAGGAGGAAAUGAAAAAGAGCUGGAGGCGGAGCUACUGGCUCUGAUGGGCGGGGGCGGGUCCCAGGGGAAGAAAGGGACAGGAAAAGCUCCAGUUCCCAUGGCUGAUAUCGAGCGUAUGGCGGCUCUGUGUAUGAAGGACCUUGAUGAGGAUGAUGAUGAUGGGGAUGAUGAUCUGGAGGAUGAUGAUGAUCUCCUGGCUGAGCUGAAUGAGGUUUUGGAGGAUGAUGAUGAUGAAGAGGUUCAGAAACCUGCCACCACUCCAAGCUCUAACUCCACCACCCACUCUACCCCCAGCACUCCUAGUGGUGCAACCGGGCUGGAGGCCUGCCUGGCUGAACGCAUUGAUAUGUACCAGACAGCCAUCUCCAAUGCUAAUGCAGAGGGGGAGACCAGCAAGGCUCGCAGAUAUGACCGUGGAUUGAAGACGUUGCAGUCCAUGAUGACGUCAGCCAAGAAAGGAAAACCGAUCAACGAAGAGGAAAUCCCGCCUCCUGUCUCCACAGGUGGAAAGCCUGCCCCAGCCCCCGUGCAGCAGCCUAAACCAAUCAAAGAGCGGGGGCUGCCAACCCCAGUGCUGAUGCCCUCCCCGUUCACCAAUCAGAAGCCUCUGAGGGAGGCUCCGCCUGUUGCCCCGCCUCCUAAGACCCGCCUCCUGGUCCCCCCUCAGAAACACACUGCCAUUACCCCGGAUACACCUGCUAUCUCCCCCCUCACCCCCAUUCAACCAGACGCACGGCACUCAGAGUUGAAGCAGUGUGUUCUAAACAGACAGAGGGAGUAUAAGCUGGCAGCCCUCCACGCCAAGCAGGGAGGAGAGUCAGAGCUGGCCAGACAACACUACCACAUCGCCAAGUCAUUACCACGAGCCCCAUCCUCCCCAGUUAUGGUGCCACCAACCUCCUGUGACCUAUCCAGCCAUUGUGAGAUUUGGCAUGUUGAAACUAGACCCAGUAGUAGAGGCGUUGGACAGAGGGGAACCAGUGGACCUCAGCUCUCUACCUCCCCCUCCAGGAGAUGCAGUGGUAGAGCGUUCAGCUCCUCCCCAGUCUUCCUCCAGGCCCUCCCCUGCAGCUCCCCCUGCAGCUCCCCGGUGGCCGACUCCGCCCUCCCAGCCCCAGGCAGUGUAGGGGAAGCGUUACAGCAGAGGAUGGACAGAUACAAAGCUGCAGCAGAGGGGGCCAAGAGCAAAGGAGACGACCGCAAGGCACGCAUGCACCAGCGCAUCGUCAAGCAAUACCAGGAUGCCAUCAGGUCUCAUAAGGCUGGACGCCCAGUCAACCUGGCUGAUCUCCCUGUACCACCAGGCUGUCCUCCGCUGCAGGGCUCAGAGAGCAGCCAGCAGAACUUCAUGGGCGUCCUGGAGACGGCCAUGAAACUAGCCAAUCAGGACGCAGACGCAGAAGAGGAGGACGGAACAGGGGAAUUGGCCAAGCCUGCAGUGGGAGCUCCAGUCCAGAAAGGCAAAGCCCCGACCCCUCCCACACCAGGUUCCGGAGGCAACACACCACAGGGCUCCAGACUGGGGCUUAAAGCCCAGCAGCAGUUGGACUUCCUGUUGCUGCGGCGACAGGCGUUCGUCCGCGCGGCGCUGCGUUCUAAACAGAUGAAGGACAUGCAGGGAGCGGCGGUCCAUCUCCGACACGCUAAAGGACUGGACCAGAUGAUCAGCGCCACCAAGGGAGGCCUGCCUGUAGACAUCACCAAGGUCCCCAGUGCUCCAGUCAGUGAGGAGGACUACUCUCUGGCUCGGUCUCGUUCCUCUCCUCGCUCCUCAGAGCAAUACAACAGCCUCAUGGAGCUGCUCCGACAGCAGCACCAGAAAUGUCUGGGCUACUCCCAGCAGUUCACUCACAUGGGAAGUGUGGCCGAGACAUCCAGGUUUGAGAAGCUGGCAGAGGAGUGUAUGCAGAACAUUGAGGUGCUGAAGCUGGCCCACGCCAAGGGCCGACCUGUCCCCAAAUACCACACUGAGGAGAGGACCUUCAACACUGUCAAAAUGUAUCCUGACCUGACAGCCAAUGAGAUGACGCUGUACAUCGUGAAGGGCAUCAAUCUACCUGCUCCCUCAGGAGUCUCUGCCAGUGAUCUGGACACCAGUGUGCGCUUUGAGUUUCCUUUUCCUAGUAUGGAGGAGGCCCAGAGGGAUAAGACCAGUACAGUGAAGAACAGCAACAGUCCAGAGUUUAAAGAGAAGUUUAACCUGAACAUCAACCGUCAACACAGAGGCUUCAAGAGGGUCGUCCAGGCCAAAGGCAUCAAGUUUGACAUCAUCCACAAGGGGUGAGAU